AUGAAUUACGACGUCAAACUUUUCAAUCUGGCAGACAAGACAAAGCUUUACCGUUGUUCGACACCUACGAGUACUCCGUCGCCAACGCGAAGCGAUAAGCUAUUGACGGUUUUGAAAGUAUUCAGGAAGCAAAGUGUGGCCGACAGUAUUCUUGCUCACGAAGUGAACGUGACAUCUCCUUCACGUGAUGUCGAACAGAGAACAAAUGCACUGACAUCAGAAAUGGCUGAACAGCCUGUACAAAUUUCCGUUUCCACUACAACACUUCGGAAACACUCGUUCACCAUACCAGCUGUCGAUCCAACUUCUCCAUCAAAAAGUGGAGGUUCCCCUUCAACAGCUCUUGCAAUCGAACCCAUAAAACGUGAAUAA